UCUCCAUUCGUCUUUCAACAGAAGUAAAAAUGAAUAACAGCGAUGUAACCUCAAAGUUACCUCAGCAACAGUCCGACGAUGGAGUCAAGGCCUUGAGCAAACUUCUUCCAAUUGCCAUAGCAAUAGUUCUGGCUAAUGGACUCGUGUUUGUCUUGUUUUACCGAUGUCCCCGUCUCCGCACUUCUUCAAACUAUGUGCUUCUUAGCCUGGCAAUUUGUGACUUCAGUACUGGCGCUUUCGCCAUUCCAUACUUCAUUGCUUAUAACUUUGAGAUUCUCCCAAAAGAAUUGCACUAUGGGACAUACGUUUCGCACACAUUACUGGCGGUUUCAGGUUCUUAUCACAUACUGGUUGUUACUGCGCUCAAGUACUUGGCAACUGUUAGCCCCCUGAAACACUACGUGGUGACGAAGAGAUUAGUUUUAAAAAUAGUGCUCGGAGUGUGGAUCAUUUCUACGGUUAUUGCUGUCAUUCCUCUUGCUUGGCAUGGUAAUGAAACAUCUGCAAGUUGUCACAUCAUUCACACUGCGCUUUGUCUUGUUGCAGUGUUCCUUUUUCCGUACGUAUUUAUGAUUUAUGCAUUCAUAGCCAUGUUCAGAGCGAUUACUAAAAGACAGCGACCAUCUUCGGUAGAGAGCAAUAAGCUGCGGAAGCAGAAGAAAAACCAAAGUGACCGGAGGUGCAUCUUGGUUUUCGCAACCAUGGCCAUCAUAUUUGUAUCUUGUUGGUUGCCUUAUUUUACCGCCAUGCUUUUAGUCGCCAUAGGAAUAGGAGAUUUAGAUUUUUUCUUAGAAGCAUGCAUGGUCAUUCGCUACAUCACAUCUUUCGCCAACCCUCUACUCUACACAUUUUUCAAACGCGACUUCUGGUCCGCCCUACGAAAUCUGUUGCAAAACAGGAGAAAAUUCAGUUUUUCCUAUCAAAAAAGUGAAUCCGAGUCUCUCAAUCUCACUAGCCGAUUAAGGGCAAGGUCACGCGUCAGCAAUAGAGGGUUGGUGUCACUCGAAGGAGAAAGACAAGAAUCAAGCUUGAUUCGCGAUGGAAACGUGACCUUCGGUGAGGAGAUAUUUCGUACAACCCGUGUUUGACUGCUGCUUGCAGUGCAUGAAUAGGGAACACAGACUUGGUUCUUCAUGUAAAAGGUGUCUUGUCUAAGAACACAGCACAAAUUAAUAAAUAAGCUGGACUGAUUCGUUUCAUCGUUACAGUAUAUAGUUUAAUUCAUUAAGCCGGUCGCAUUGAGAAGAUCACUUUUAGGUAUUGAUUAAAAGCCUGAUGUCCUUGUCAAGGCCAAUAGCACGUAAAAAAUGCCAAUGAAAAAGCACUUUGUUUGAUAUAAGUUUGUUUUCUUCAAGUGAUACUUAAUUCAGUGAAGGUAGAAACUGUGUUUAAAAGCGUUCUUAAGACAGUGUUUGCUACUCCAAGUAACCUCUGACGCGUGUCGAUAUAAACAAGUUUGGAUUAAAAUUUAAAAGUAUUUACUUUUAUCGUUAUCAUGUAUACGAAGACUACUCUAUAAAAAAUGGUUAAAUUCUAGGCUAUUAGAACGCAUUUCGAUUAUCAAUCGUUAAGGCAAAUCCAAAGGAAUUAUGGAUAAGUAAGUAAGUAAGUAAGUAAGUAAGUAAGUAAGUAAGUAAGCAAACUUUAUUUACACAGGGUAGCCCAUUCAACCCCAAGGCUGGUCUUCAUACGGGCCCUGUAUCUUAAAGAAUUGAUUUACAUUAAGAAUUUUCAUAAACUAUCACACUCAAAAGAGCCUAAUAAAAAUACAACAAUAGGAUUUAAGAACUAUAUUUCCAGCCUAGAAAAUACA